AUGUCCCUCAGCAGAGACCUCCUCUUCUUGAUUCGACAGUUUUGCAAGGACGAGAACCUCCACAAAACUGCUCAUAUGCUCGAGAAAGAGACUAGUUUCUACUUCGACAUGAAUUAUUUUGAAGAGCUGGUAUUGAGUGGAAAUUGGAGCGAGGUAGAGGCUUAUUUGUCGAGCUUCACAACACCCGAUAGCAACGAGUACUCUAUAAAAAUGUACUUCGAAAUCAGAAAACAAAAGUUUCUUGAGGCACUAGACAGGCAAGACUUGGCUUUGGCACUAGACAUCCUGCUGAAAGAUUUGAAAUGUUUUGCGUCAUCAAAUGAACACCUGUACAAAGAAAUGGCUUGGCUCCUAACAAUGGAAGACUUCAGAAAACAUCAUUCGCUCUCCACGUAUGGAGAUAUUAUAUCUGCUAGAAGACGACUCAUGGAUGAAGUUAAGGCACUCCUUGAAGCAAAUCCCCACUUCCGCCGGAAAAUAAAGCUUCCUAACAUGGAGACCACACGGUUACGGCGGCUCAUCAACCAGAGUUUGAACUGGCAGCAUAGUCAAUGUGGACGUUCUGAGUGUGUGCCCCAAAUCAAUUCCCUUUUGUUUGAUCACAAAUUGGUGACUUCGGAGGCUAUCAAGGAUUCCACCAAUGCCUUUAGAAUAUUCUCGAGGAUGCCUGUGGAUAAGGUUGUGUCACAAACAAAUGUUCCAGUUCAAAGCCAGAAUUUGGAUGUUAAUUGUCCUGAGGACUUACCUGGAAAGGUUGAACGUUGUAUGGACAUGAGCUCCUUACCGACUAGCAUGGACUUUCAUCCUUUGAAAGGAACUCUCUUGUUAGUUGGAAACAUCAAUGGUGAAACAGAAUUGUGGGAUGUCCGCUCUGAAGUAAAAUUUUUUUGGAAUGCGUUCAUGAUUUGGAAGAGAGAGACCAUCUCCUCAUCAUUUCUGAUUGAUUAUAAUCAAAAUCCCCAAAUUUCAGUUAAUCGUGUUUUAUGGAGCCCAGAUGGUUCAAUCUUUGGUGUUGCAUACUCAAAACAAAUUGUCCAGUUGUAUUGUUAUCAUGCUACUGGUAAUUACAUCGAAAAACAAUUGGAGAUCGAUGCUCACUUGGGAGGGGUACACGAUCUUGCAUUCUCUUCGCCAUACGAUCAAAUUCUUGUAAUUACGUGUGGAGAGGACAAACUCAUUCAGGUGUGGGAUAGUAUGACUGGUUCCAAGCAAUACACAUGUGAAGGUCAUGGAUCCCCUGUGUACUCGCUGUGUGCUCAUCUGAAGGAAGAUAUCCAUUUUGUAUUUUCCACAUCAACAAAUGGUGAGAUAAAAGCGUGGAUGUUUGACAAUGAUAACACAGGACCAAGGGUUGCCCUUGAUGCACCUGGCCAUUCUUGCAUGAGAAUGGCCUAUAGUGCUGAUGGUAAAAGGCUGUUUUCUUGUGGGACAAACGAAGAUGGAGACUCGUACUUAGUUGAAUGGGACGACACUGAAGGUUCUAUAACCCAAAGCUACCAUGGGCUCUCUAAGUCAUCUGCAGCCAUAGUGCAAUUCAGCACAAGCAGAAACAGGUUUUUGGUUGCCGGUGACGAACAUUUACUCAAAUUUUGGGAAAUGGACAAUGUCAAAAUUUUAGUAUCUCUUGAUGCUGAUGGGGGCCUACCUGCAAAGCCUUAUGUUUGCUUCAACAAAGAAGGCACUCUUUUGGCUGUCUUUGCUGAUGAUAGUAAGAUCAAAAUCUUGGCAAAUGAUAUUGGUACCCAAUUGCUGCAGACUUUGCCUUCUGGCUCUGUUGAUUCGACAGGACGUCCUUGCAGAUCAUCAGGGAAGGAUGAUCAAAACAUGAAAUGUCUAGGAAUUUCAGAGCUAAACAACCACCUGAGCACUAAGGAAUAUGCAAAACCUACACAAGUUUCGCGGUGCAAAUCCCUGAGGCUCACAGCUGAAUUUAAGACAAACAGGAUAUGUAGGUUGCUAUACACUAACGCAGGUAACGGAAUAUUGGCUUUAGCAGCAGAUGGCAUUCAUCUAUUCUGGAAGUGGCCAGGAAAUGGGUAUAACGAUUAUGGCCAGGCAACAACAAAUCGUCCCCCUUGUCUUUGGCAUCCAAAGACUGGAUCAAUUAUGGUCAAUGACCUCAACAAUGACCCGUAUCAAAUAGUCUCACCAUGCUUUGCAUUAUCCAAGAACGACUCUUAUCUUGUAUCAGCAUCGGGAGGGAUGGUUUCAUUGUUCAACAUUGUAAACUUUGAGAAAGUGAGGCGUUGCCUGCUGCCUCCACCUACAGCUACAUGCAUGGCAUUCUACCCUCCAGAUAACAACCUAGUUGCUAUUGGCAUGGACGAUUCAACUGUUCUCAUCUACAACGUACGAGACUCUGAGCUUAUGACCAGGCUUUCUGGGCACUUGAAAAGGAUUAGCGGCUUAGCAUUUUCGAACUCAUUAAAGGUGCUGGUCUCUGCUGCAGUAGAUUCUCAGAUCAUUGUCUGGGAUACAAUAACGUGGGAGAAAAAGAAAAGCAUCUCGAUGCAGAUAUCAGUUGGGUGGUGGCUGCCAUCAGAAACCUCGGAGACCGUUAUCCAAUUUCACAAGGAUCAAUUGCACUUUCUUGCAAUCCACGAGACUCAACUUGCAAUGUAUGAAUCAAGAAGUCUAGAACGCAUCAGACAGUGGAACACCAGAGACUUCUGUGCAAGGAUUUCGAGCGGAACAUUUUCAUGCGACAACCAGCUGGUAUUUGUUGUCAUGAGAGAUGGAAUUGUUAUGAUACUCAGCGCCUUAGAUCUGAGUCCAAGAUUUCGGAUUGAUCCUUCUGCUUACCUUCCGCCUAGUAGUGGUCAUCAUGUAUAUCCAGUGGUGAUAGCAGCUCAUCCACAGAAGUCGAACCAAUUCGCCUUGGGGCUGAGUAAUGGCGAUGUAAUCGUUGUUGAGCCUCAUGAGUCUGAAGGAAAGUGGACAAUAUUACCACCAUUUCACAAUGGACCAGGAAAUAGGAUAAUCAUAGAUUGAAGUUUAGUACAUCCUCUCAAAAGAUGAUGUGUUCAACAUAGUUUGCAUAUUUCAGAUUUCAAAAUAAUUAGCCGAGA